AUGAAUUCAAUGAGCACGCUGCCGAAUGAGUUACUCCGAGAGAUUGCGAAAUCUCUCCUGGAGUUCACGGUCACGCGAAAUUGCAAUGAAACGGAGGGAUACCAACCAAUACUCGACGAUGUCUCGAGUUUCGGGAUUGAAAGCGACAGCAUCUUCCGCAACGUUAGGAAGCACCUCGACUCGAUUGACUCGGACUACCACUGUACUUUGGCAUACUGGCGGAACGGAUGGGCAGGCUCCUGGGUCAACCAAGCAGCUUUUGGUGGAUUACUCCUUAGCCUAGUGCCGAAUUUAUGUCGACUAGGCGUGACCGUUCUGCGCAACGCGGCGGGUGACAUAGCGGUCGAUGCUUUCGAGCCUCUUUACGGCAUUGAAGAGCUUCAAGAUCAACCAGUGGACUGGACGCCAUUCAUUCCAGCCCGAAACCAGCUGGAAGAAUUCUGUUGCCGGAUAUGGGCCGGGAAGGGGACUCUCGAACACCCGGUUUUAGUUUCGUUCUCCGUCAGGGGCUUAAAGUCGUCGCUCCAACAUUGGAGACUUUACGCAUCCAACUGGAUUCCACACCCCACGGAAGGAAGCCCGAACUUCUGGAUCAGGGAUUCAUACACGCCUUCGAUCCUAUCGUCAGCUUCGACAACUUUCCGCGCCUCCGCAAAGCUAGAAGUCCUCCAGCAAGUCCUCAUCCAUCGACGCUACGGCAAGAAAGCGUCCGUCAAGCCUAACAUCGCCCAGGCUCUUCCACCGCACAUCGAACACAUUACGAUUCUUGGCCCGGACCCCAAAUUGCUAGGCUGGCUUGACGAGCUAGAGACCGCCGUCUCGCAAGGCUACUACCCGCAACUUCGACGCGUCGAAUUGGAGUGCCACUGGAAGUCUGGCUACACUGCUUCUUGGUUUCGAGCUAUGGCACAUAAGGUAAUUGCGAAGCUUUGCGCUCGAGGUCUCCAUGUCGCCGCUAUUGAUGGGGAGACGCGGCCCGAUUAUUCGGUGCGAGCGAGUGUAUGGGUGGAGGAAGGGAUGGGUCACAAUGCUGUUUAG